AUGGGUGGUUUCAGGACCACUACUAGUGGCAAGGGCGAAGGAAGUUCGCGAUGGGAGGUCAAAGAAGCCAAAGACAGCGGCAAAGGUCGCAAGGAAAGCGGAAAGCGCGGUGGGUGGAAAGGUGAUGGAAAAUGGUGGCCGGAUGAGGACAAAGGACGGAAAGAAGGAAAGCACGGAAAGGGCAAAAGCAAGAAGGGCGAUGAAUGGCAAGGCAAAGCACGCGAUUGGUCUUCUAGAGAUCGUGCAGGCAAAGGUGGCGAAGAAUUAGGGGAAGCAAAGGAGUCUCGAAGCCAGCUAAGCAGCAACGCGCCCGACUUCCAGCCAUCUGGUAUGUAUGACUACGAUGCUCUCGCUGCUCAAUAUUGGAGUUGGCAGCCUUUUCUUCAGGAGAUGCCGCCUCUGUGGAGGGAGUAUGCAGACAAGGAUGGUACCAAGUACUACUACAAUGCAAAGACGGGCCUCACACAGUGGGAGAGACCUGCGGAGUUGGACCCUUCGCCUGACGGCAUUGGUGGAAGCACUUCCAGUACAGGUGGUCAUGCCAGCAAGAACAAGGACAGUGGUGUCCCUGGGCCCUGGCGGGAUCGUGAGAAUGACAGGGAAGAGCUGAAGAAGCUGCGAAGUGACGAAGGCAAGGAGGGCAAGGGCAAGCGCGACCGGCGGAGAGCCGGCAAGUCAGACGCAAACAACUCCAAGGAGCCAAGCUUCGGCCCCCCCGGAUGCAAUCUCUUCGUUUUUCAUUUGCCUGACGACUGGACUGAUGAUGACCUGUUAGAGUACUUCGCCCCGCACGGGAACGUGGUGAGUGCCAAGGUGAUGAAGGAACUUGGCACUGGCCGAUCCAGGGGCUUCGGCUUCGUCAGCUACGAGGACCGGGUCAGCGCAGCCACUGCCAUCAAGAAGAUGCAAGGCUACAAGAUUCUGGGCAAGCGGCUCAAGGUCGAGUUCAAGAAGGGAGAGGGAGACAACGGAAAGGGAGAGGCAGAGAAGAUCGACCUCAUAGAGGAGAAGAGCAGUGGUGACGACGAACGGCUGAUAGGCUAUUUGAGGGCCAUCUCAGCAAAGUCUGUGGUGCAGUCCCUGAAGGAGUCUGAAAAGGCGGCCGAAGCCGAGGAAGAAGGGCAGCCAUUGGAUGACUUCGGUGACUAG